GAACUGAGCGCGACGCGCGACGCAGAGCAGCACAUCGUCAACCAGCGACAGCGGCCUGCAAUAAAUCGCCCAUCCAAUCGAGAAACGCUGACAGUAUAAAUUUGACCGCUCAGCGAGAUGGCUUUCCCAGGAAAAAUUAAAAAAUCGAAAAAAACAAGUGAAAAAGUGGAUGUGUUUAGUGAAAAGCCAAAUGUUAAAUUAAAGCGUUGAAGAAUAAGUGAAUAAUAUGAGCUUUUCAAGGUAAUAAGGGUUGUGAUUAUAGCCUGAAAAUUUGUUGAAGCGGAAUUAAUGUGAAUAGUAGUGCAAACUUGGUAGUUGAUUAUAGCGAGAAGCCACGAAUUAGUGAAAAAUCGAAUGUGCGACGUAAGCUGAGGCAGCGAAGCAGGCAGAAUUGUAUCUAGUCGUUAGGGAAGAGGUGUAGUGCGGUCUGAAGCUGUAAAAGUAUAAAUUCCUGGAAAUAGAGCAAUGAAUUAACUGUUUCCAAUAAUUUUUUUUAUGAUAUAAAUAUGCAGUAUCAGUAAAGAAAAUACACGACCUAGAACGGAAACAAAGGAAUACACAGGAAGCGAGUGAAGAAAAGAAGUGAAGAAAUAAAAACGUCUAUGCUGACGGUAGCAGAACAGCCGCAAAGCAUCAAAAGUGAGAGAAAGAGAACAGCAAGAUUGGAUCGCCUCUUCAUAUUGCUAGAGUCUGGCUCAUCGGCUGUGACGCGUCGUGCUGCAGCGAAACAAAUUGGCGAGGUGCAGAAAUUGUAUCCCCAUGAAUUGCAUGCUUUGCUGAAUCGCUUAAUCGGAUACUUGCAUAGCACUUCGUGGGAUACGCGCAUUGCCGCCUCACAAGCAGUCGAGGCGAUAUUGCAAAAUGUACCCUCUUGGAAUCCAGAAAUAUACGCGGCCAUUAAAAGGGAAGCCAUUAAAAAAGAGAAAGACCGAGACGAUAAUCAAGCUGUUGGAGGUGGUGUUGGUGGUGGUAGUGUUGGUGAGGAGGAUAGUUGCCAGUCGGUGGCCACAAGUGCCACUACAUCUAGCGAACAAAGCUGCAGUCGAGAAUUGCAGCAGCGUGAGCGCCUAUUAUCGUUUGCGGAUUUCGAUUUGGAGCAAAUAUUACAUAAAGGCGCACGUCUUAUCGGUUCGGAGGGCAUUGAAUUCGAUUUGAAUGGAAGUGAGUCGCCCACAGCUGAGGGAGGCCUGAAUGCAAACACUUCUGCUGCUGAGAGACUGAGUCGACAGCGCGCACUACUAAAUGAGAAACUGGGACUAACGCAAGCAUCCAAGUUGGGCGUCAAUUUGAUGGAUAUGAUAACCGAUGAAGAUGUAAUGGGAUCCAGUGCAGGGAGCACAUAUAAUGCUAAUGAAGAGAAGGUGCCUGUUGAGGAUAUACUCAAUAUAAAGCCAAAUUCAAAUUUGAUUCCUUCCAAUGGACAACAAUUAAGCUGCCGAGAAAUGAAUCGAGCCAAGCGUAAGGCACGCCAAAACACUACAACAAACACGUCCGUAAAUAAUCUGAGCCGUAGUAAUAGCAGCAACACCAGCAGCGGCAUCGGAAGCAGCUGCAAAAAUGGUUCCAGUACGGCUGAUGAACCGGAGCGCAAGAAAUUUAAAGCAGAUGCGCUGCAACGUCAAGAGAUUUUCUAUACAUUGAGCGAUCCCGUCCCCGAUGCAACUGGUAUGUGGAUAGAUGCUGUCAAUUGGCCAUUGGAAAAUUUUUGUGCGCGUCUAUAUGUUGAUCUCUUUAAUCCGAAGUGGGAGGUGCGUCACGGCGCUGCGACUGCAUUGCGUGAACUGAUCAACAAUCACUCUAACGGUGCUGGGAAAAGCAUCGGCAUGGCGCGAGAAGAAAUGGAGCGACAACAUAAUCUUUGGAUGGAGGAUGCUGCCUUGCGUUUGCUUUGCGUACUCUGCUUGGACCGUUUUGGCGACUUUGUAUCCGAUCAAGUGGUUGCGCCAGUACGAGAAACUUGUGCGCAAGUUUUAGGCACUUUGGUCAAAGAAAUGCAUGCAGAGCAAGUGCAUCAAAUCGUCAAGGUGUUAUUGAAAUUGUUAAAGCAGGAAGAGUGGGAGGUGCGUCAUGGUGGACUGUUGGGCUUGAAAUAUGUUUUUGUAGUGCGUGAGGAUCUAUUGCCAGUUUAUGUGCCGCAGACAAUCAAUGAUAUAUUGUUGGCAUUGUUCGAUGCUGUCGAUGAUGUGGGCGCUGUUGCUGCAUCAACUUUGAUACCCAUUGCAACGUGGCUGCCGAAACUAUUGAAUUCAGCGCAAGUUUCGUCGAUUGUGAAGAUGUUGUGGGAUCUACUGUUGGAUCAGGAUGAGCUAACUAGUGCGUGCAAUAGUUUCAUGGGAUUAAUGGCAGCAAUUUUGUCCUUACCAAAUGCGGGAUUUUGGAUACAAAUGGAACCAAUGUCAACUCUAAUACCACGACUGUGGCCCUUUCUAUCCCAUAGUACUAGUUCUGUACGCAAGUCCACUUUGCUAACGCUUCAAACGCUUACUGCCAGUAAUGUAAAAAUGGAGAAUAGUGAGCCUGCCGAUAUCAAUGUGCCCACCACGAGCUCCGGCACCAGCAAUAACGGCAACGGUGUGAAAGUUCCGAGCAUUGAAUCGCCUAAUGAUUUAAGCUCUGCUAUCACCAUUAAUUUCGAUUCUAAAAAAUUGAAUUUAAAUUUGGGUGUUAUUGAUUGGCAGUGGAAAUUAUUGCAGGAUACCCAACGUUUCAUUUUUGAACGUAUUCUAGUCGAACCUCAGGCCGAUAUACAGGAGAUGUCAAUUAAAGUAUGGAAUAAUCUGUUGCAAAAUGCUGAUUUGGGCGCAUUAUUGCACGCUGCUUGCCCUAUCGUAUCGUCGUGGAUUUGUUUGGCUAUGCAACCACCACGACUUGCUUUCGAUGCUUCUACAUUAAUACAUACCACGUCUUUAUCAUGCAGUUCAAGCGGCCCAUCAACUGAUAGUGCCUCACACAUGUCCGCUCGGCGACGUACACAACGUAUUGCUGACGACUUGGGUGUAAACUCUUCGCCAGCAAUGCAAAGAUAUUUUCUUGGCGGCAAUGAGGCUACACCACAAGAAGUUCGUGACCGCAAUGUGGUGCGUGCGCGCGUCACUGCGGCUCGAGUACUGGGUGCACUUUCAAAGUAUUUGGUGCAGCCGGCACCGGGGGUUGUCUAUACGCCGAAUAUGGAAUCACCUAUGGACUGUUAUACAAAAGUGCUGAUGGGUUAUUUGAAUUCGCGAUCAGCGGUACAGCGUAUUGUGUGUGGUCUCAUCAUAGCUUUUUGGGCGCAACUAGAUCCAUCGAUGCGCAAAGCUGCACCGAAAUUAGCAGAAAAAUUACGCGCAUGUGUAAUGGAAUAUGUUUAUUAUGACGAAGUCGCCGUUUUAUUUACCAGACUUCACCAAGAGGCUCAGGAUCUUAUCGCUACAUUAAAACAAUAUAAGAUACCCAUAGAUUUCACCAAUUCAAGAGUACUCACAUUAGAUCAAAUAGAGGCUGUUGCCACUACUCUUACUGCAGGUCUGCACGAGUAUGGACUUAAACAAAAAUUGCUAGACACACUAAAAGAGAGGAGGCGUGGUCUGCAGAACUCUUUUGCUCAGACAUCGACGGAGCAAUGCGUCUUUAAUAUAAGCACUCAAGCGGCUUUAGCCGGUGCUAUUGUUUGCAUGGAAUGCUUGCCAGAAAAACUGAAUCCGGUGGUGAAGCCACUGAUGGAGUCUCUAAAGCGAGAAGAAUGUGAGUUGUUGCAACAACUAUCGGCGGAAUUUCUUGUACAGCUAAUGCAUCAAGUGUGUGAUAGAAAUCCUAGUCCCAAUAGUAAAAUACUUACUAACUUAUGUACGUUAUUGAAGAGUGAUUCUCAGUUUACACCUAAAAUUACUUUAAGCCCAGUAACUUUAAAAGAUACACCAAUACCCAAGACUGCGGCAGCCACUCACAGUUGCGUUUAUUAUGGCAUUUUAACAUUGGAUCUUCAACAGAAUAAUAUGCAAAUUGGUGGCACUAGUAACCGAAGUAAUUCAGCUGGUGGUGCUGGCAGUACACCUCGUGGUCCAGGUAGACCGCCCUUAAGUGAAGUGCUUAUCAGAGCGGAAUUUGAUAUCAAUCCAGCCAAUUUGGCGGAAUUGAAACAGAAUCGUAUCCAGCGUCUGGGUGCAUUUUGUGCCAUAUCAAAAAUUUGCUCAAGCUUCAAAAAUGAAACUUUUUCCAAAAUACCAAUUUUCGAGCAAAUAAUUUUUGUGAAAAUUGAGCAAUUUACGACUGACUUCCCAAAUAUGGAUGCAUUAUCGGAUGCGCCAUUAGAUUUAGCACAAACGAAUGAUUUAAUGACAUCCUUACAAUUGAUUGAAGUUGUAGCUCCACAUUUUUUGGAAUUCGCUGAUGAUGCCUCAACCAUAGAUGAUUCAUUGAAACGACUUUUUAAUUUGCUUCCACAUUUCCGCAUACUGAUUACACAUCCAUUGAAAGCGGUGCGUCACAUGGUAGCACGUUGUAUUGCUGCGCUUGCAGUGACUGAUUUGGUGCGCACUAUGUUCUUUGUGCUGGACGAGCUGCUGGGCAUGUUGGCCAACAUAGAGAGCGUGAUACAGCGUCAAGGUGCGAUUGAGACUAUCGACCGUGUGGUUGACAAACUACAAUUGGGUAUUGUACCCUACAUUGUACUUCUAGUCGUGCCAUUAUUGGGUUGUAUGAGUGAUCCCAACGAAUCUGUACGUCUGCUCUCCACCCACUGUUUCGCUGCACUUAUUCAACUUAUGCCGUUAGAUUCACGUAGCAAAUCAAUUAAAAAUGAAAUACCCUCCCCGGAGCUGCAGCAGCGUAAAAUACGAGAUCGUGAAUUCCUCGAUUACCUCUUCACACCAAAGAGCAUACCAGACUAUAAAGUACCAGUGCCACUCUCCGUAGAGCUACGUUCAUACCAACAGGCAGGCGUAAAUUGGUUAUGGUUUCUAAAUAAAUACAAUUUGCAUGGCAUACUUUGCGAUGACAUGGGUCUCGGUAAGACUUUACAAACCAUUUGUAUACUAGCCGGCGAUCAUUAUCAACGCGCUAAAGAUAAUGCACCUGCACUGCCUAGCUUGGUGAUUUGUCCUCCUACUCUUACUGGUCAUUGGGUUUAUGAGGUGGAAAAAUUCCUAAAUAAAUCAGAUGUUUUGCGUCCACUACACUAUGUGGGCUUACCCGUUUGGCGUGAAAAACUCCGUUGUCAAAUCGGUCAGUGUAAUUUGAUUGUUGCCUCAUAUGAUACUAUUCGAAAAGACAUAGAUUUCCUUAGCGGCAUACAUUGGAACUAUUGUGUUUUGGAUGAAGGGCACAUUAUAAAAAAUGGAAAAACCAAAAGCUCAAAGUCCAUCAAGAUGCUCAAGGCUAAACAUCGUCUGAUACUCUCUGGUACACCCAUUCAAAAUAAUGUGCUUGAACUGUGGUCGCUUUUCGACUUUUUGAUGCCUGGUUUCCUCGGCACUGAAAAGCAAUUUGUUGCGCGCUACAGUCGUCCCAUAAUAGCGGCGCGCGAUUCAAAGAGCUCCUCCAAAGAACAAGAAGCUGGAGUGUUAGCCAUGGAGGCAUUGCAUCGUCAGAUGCUGCCCUUCCUGUUGCGUCGUGUGAAAGAGGACGUCUUGACCGAUUUACCACCAAAAAUUACACAGGAUUUAUUGUGCGAAUUAAGCCCGCUGCAGGAGCGCUUAUAUGAGGACUUCAGUCGUACGCAUUUGAAUUCACAUUUGAAAGAUUGUUUGCAGAAUUUGGGCGAUAAUGAGGACAUUAGCAAAAAAGCACACAUUUUCCAUUAUUUACGUUAUCUACAGAACGUGUGCAAUCACCCGAAGCUGGUGCUGACGCCAAAACAUGCAGAGUAUAUUAACAUCACACAGGAGUUGCGCAAAAAGCAAAGCUCACUGGAUGAUAUAGAGCACUCCGCUAAAUUGCCAGCUCUGAAACAACUACUGCUCGAUUGUGGCAUUGGCGUGCAAACAGAAUCGGUCAGCCAACAUCGUGCAUUGAUUUUCUGUCAACUGAAAGCCAUGCUGAAUAUAGUGGAACAAGACUUACUGCGCAAACAUUUACCAUUCGUUACAUAUUUGCGUUUGGAUGGCAGCGUGCCCGCGUCCAUGCGACAGAAUAUUGUGAACAACUUCAAUACUGAUCCGAGUAUCGAUGUAUUACUACUCACCACACAGGUUGGUGGUUUGGGUUUAAAUUUGACCGGCGCUGAUACGGUAAUAUUUGUGGAACACGAUUGGAAUCCAAUGAAAGAUCUACAAGCCAUGGACCGUGCCCAUCGAAUCGGCCAGAAGAAGGUCGUAAAUGUUUACCGUUUGAUUACGCAAAAAACACUUGAGGAGAAAAUAAUGGGUUUGCAGAAAUUUAAAAUACUUACGGCGAAUACGGUGGUGAGUUCGGAGAACGCCUCAAUGGAUACAAUGGGCACAGAACAGUUAUUUGAUUUGUUCAAUGGAAAUGGCGAAGGCAAAACUGAUGCAAGUGGUGCGCCGACAACCACUGGACCGAUGUCGAUGAAUGCGAUUAUAGAAUCAUUGCCUGACCUCUGGUCGGAGCAGCAAUAUGAUGAGGAAUAUGAUGUAUCGAACUUCGUGCAGUAUUUGAAAAAGUAGUCGGAAAUUCGCGGAAAAAUCGAGAACAUUUAAUGAGAGUGGAGUGGAGAAACGCUGUAUAAGAAUAUACAGAAAUAUUCAAUAUGUAUGGAUUCCAGAUGGAAAAUACUUCCAGCCAUCUUUGACUUAGAGUAGCAUUACUUUUAUGAUAAGUCUUUGGGCUACACCAUUAUAUCAUGACCUAUCGCUUUUCUAUCAUAUCAAACAUCUUAACAAAUCUAGUUUAAGUUUAAUUUUAAAUACAUAUGGAAAAGUGAAAUUUUCUUUUUCAUAUUGGCAUAUGUAGAAGUGCAGGCCUCGUUUGUAUUUUCAGACAGUAUGGAAGAUUAAGUUCGUCACUUGCCAGUCGGCGCCAUAGUUUUAACGUAAUGUUUUGAUUUUUAAAUUUAUUUUAGAGAACAUUUUGAACAUUGUUGUUAUACAUUAUUGACGGCCGAAAUAGUUGAGUGUUAAGCAGUGCGUGUCGAGAGCAAGAGAGGCAUAAUUUGUUUGAGCCUCGAUCAACAACAGUUACCGCUUAGCAGGAUGUGUCAUUUCCGGCAUGAAAUUAAACUAAAAACGUCAAUACUUAUAUUUAUUUUAUGUAUUACAAUAUCAUUUUAAAAUCUUUACAAUCUUUCGUAGUUGUAUUAGUAUUUAAAUUCAUUAAAUCUAUUUUUGUAAACCAAAUUUGAACUUGAAAAAUGUAACUCUUAUAAGGCUACCAUCUGAAAUAAAAAAACAACUGAGUAAAAAGUAUAA